AUGUUGACUUUGGAGUGGGAGUCGGAGGGACUGCAAACAGUGGGUAUUGUGGUGAUUAUAUUUGCGUCUCUGAAGCUGCUCCAUUUGCUCGGACUGAUUGAUUUUUCAGAAGACAGUGUAGAAGAUGAAAUGGAAAUGGCCACUGUGCGGCAUCGACCUGAAGCCCUUGAACUUCUGGAAGCACAAAGCAGAUUCACAAAGAAAGAACUUCAGAUCUUGUACAGAGGGUUCAAAAAUGAAUGUCCCAGUGGGGUUGUUAAUGAAGAAACCUUCAAAGAAAUUUACUCCCAGUUCUUCCCACAGGGGGAUUCCACAACAUAUGCACAUUUUCUGUUCAAUGCAUUUGACACGGAUCACAAUGGAUGUGUGAGUUUCGAGGAUUUUGUUAUGGGUCUGUCAAUUUUGCUGCGGGGAACAGUGCAAGAAAAACUCAACUGGGCUUUUAAUUUGUAUGAUAUAAAUAAGGAUGGCUAUAUUACUAAAGAGGAAAUGCUGGAUAUUAUGAAAGCUAUAUAUGACAUGAUGGGAAAAUGCACAUAUCCAGUCCUCAAAGAGGAUGCUCCAAGACAACAUGUGGAAAAUUUUUUCCAGAAAAUGGACAAGAAUAAGGAUGGUGUAGUUACCAUAGAUGAAUUCAUUGAAAGCUGCCAAAAAGAUGAAAACAUAAUGCGUUCCAUGCAGCUCUUUGAGAAUGUGAUUUAA